AUGACUGGGCUAAUUUCGUUAGAUUCUUACUCGAUUGGCCAGAGGACAGUUUCGUCGGCACAGCGGAGGCCUCAAUCGCAACCGACAACGUUCUCACGCGCAAAACCGUCGCCGGAUUCGACCUCCGCCAAGAAGAAAUCUCUUCAGAAACAGUACUUACAUGAUGAAGCACCAUUGGACAAUCCCGAUUUAGGUCCGUUCCUGCUGAAGCUUGCGCGUGACACUAUCGCAAUUGAAGGAGAGCCGAUUAAGACUCUGGAUUACGCGCUUCGCGCUUCAAAAUCGUUUGAGAGGUGCGCCAUUGAUGGCUAUCCUAACCUUGAUCUGGUUAUGUGCUUGCACAUUGUGGCCUCGAUUUACUAUAGCAUGGGGAGGUUCGAGGAGGCAAUUCCGGUGUUAGACAGGGCAAUUAGGGUUCCCGUCGUGUCAAGAGGUGCUGAUCAUGCGCUGGCUGCAUUUUCAGGGUAUAUGCAGCUAGGUGAUACUUAUUCAAUGCUCGGGCAGCUUCACCGGUCUAUUAAGUGUUAUAAGGAGGGGUUGAAAAUUCAGAUGGAGGCUUUAGGGGAUACAGAUCGGCGAGUUGUUAAGACCUGCAGGUACUUGGCUGAGGCUCAUGUUCAAGCAAUGCAGUUUGAUGAAGCAUAUAAACUGUGCAAGAAAAUCCUUGAAAUCCACAGGUUACACAGUCCACCUGCAUCUCUUGAAGAAGCAGCUGAUCGACGGUUAAUUGCGAUUAUAUGUGAGGCAAAAAAAGAUUAUAAAGCAGCCUUAGAACACCUUGUACUUGCUGGUAUGGCAAUGAUUGCCAACGGACAAGAUAAUGAAGUUGCUGUCAUCGACCUCAACAUAGGCAACAUUUAUUUGUCACUUUCCCAUUUUGAUGAUGCCAUCUUCUCGUAUGAAAAGGCACUUGCCGUCUUCAAAUCAUCCAAGGGUGACAACCACCCUUCAGUAGCCUCUGUUUUUGUACGCCUUGCUGACCUGUAUUUCAAGACCGGAAAGCUACGAGAAUCUAGAUCCUAUUGUGAAGACGCUCUUAGAAUAUAUGCAAAACCCUUACCUGGAAUGGCAGCACAAGACAUUGCAAGUGGAAUGAUAGAACUUUCUGCAAUAUACGAGUCUUUCAAUGAACCUGAGAAGGCGUUAAAGUUGUUGCAGAAAUCAAUGAAACUUCUGAACGGUAAGCCAGGUCAGCAGAGUACAGUUGCAGGAAUAGAAGCACGUAUUGGGGUCAUGUGUUAUAUGGUCGGAAGGUAUGAAGAAGCAAGGGGAUCUUUUGAAAGUGCUGUUGCUAAACUUAGGGCUAACGGAGAAAGGAAAUCCGAAUUCGUUGGGGUUGUUUUGAACCUUAUGGGGUUGGCUUGUGUACAACUGUUGAAGAUAGAUGAGGCUGCCGAGUUCCUUGAGGAAGCAAGGGAAAUUCUGGAACAUGAAUGUGGCUCUCGUCAUCAAACUACCCUUGGAGUCUACAGAAAUCUUGUAGCAACAUAUGGUUCUUAUGGGAGAAUCGAGGACACAAUCGAGAUGUUGGAGUGCAUUGUUGGAUUAAGAGAUAGAGUAAAACCAGAUUUAGUUGAUAAGAAAAAGAGGGUGGCUGAACUCCUUAAAGAGGAGAAAAAGAAAGGGAAAUCAAUGGAAAACCUCAUUCAUCCAAAGAAACAGUCUUCUUCUUCUGAAAAAAGGCCAGCCUUGGGUUUUACAAGUUGA